GUUAACAGGGUUAAAAUGGCCACUGAUAUAGAAUGGAUGAUAAUAUUUGAUUUGUUGUUGAUUAGCAUUUUCGAAAUAGUUCCAGUAAGUUCGGCGUUAUCACGGUCUGCAGGGAAACACAAUUGGACUAAUAGCUUCCAAAAAUGUAAUCUUGCUAAAGAAAAUCAACUGGAUGAAAUAAAUGUAAAUGGUCGUGUAUGGGUUGGUGGAGUCUUCAAUACUACAUUAUGGAUGACGCACAAAGGAUGUUAUAGAGCGUCAACACUCAACGAAGUAGAUUGGACACACAGUGAAACCAAUUCCCCUGCACAAUGUUCUUUGAACUGUAGAAGGCGACAGUAUUUUGCACUGAAGAACACUGUAUGCCUAUGUUUAAGUUAUAUUUCAACGAUAAACAAAUCAGAAGCAUCUUAUUGCAAUAACAGCUGUCCCGAUUUGACGAUGAACAUGACAUGUGGAAACGUAGCUCAUGGUUAUCUUGACGUAUAUAAACACAAUCUAGACUUAGAAGUGCUUGGCGAAGAAGACAGUCGAAAAGCCUGCACAAUUCUAAAGAAAAAUCCCGAAAACAGAGUAUUUUUUCAUGCAACCAGUUGUUCAGACAAGUACAGACUGUUCUGUCAUUUACCAGGCACAGACUACAUAAACGACAUUGCAAUGACAUAUCAAGAUGCAAUAAAGAUUGACAAUGAAUGCAAACUACUCAGAGACUGGGAUAGGGAGUACUAUGGUCUGGUACCAUACGAUCAAUUCGUUUGGACGGCUGUUCAUAGAUAUAUUGUAUUGAUAUGGCCCUUGCGAAAUCACAUGAACACAGAUGAAAUUGAAAAGGAAAAUCCAAAUGCUACUUGUCUUGCAUAUGAGAGAAAAACCAAUAAAAGAAUUCAACUACCGUGUAGAACACCUCUCCAUUACAUGUGCAUCACAGAAACCACAGAUCAUACAAGAAAUACAACCUCUGGAAUUAACGCCAUCACAACAUUCCAAAACUUCAGCCGGACAACAAUGACGUCAUUCGGGAACAAUACCGAAGAGAUUAAACAAGAUCAUACAAGAAAUACAACCUCUGGAAUUAAUGACAUCACAACAUUUCACAACGUCAGCCGGACAACAAUGACGUCAUUUGGGAACAAUACCGAAGAGUUUAAACAAGGACAUAUUCUGCAAUACUUCAUUCAUACUUCUGUCGUAUCUGGUCUAGUUAUUAUUGCGAUUUGUGCCGUUUGGAUGUGCAAAAAAGGAAAAGAGACAAUCAAAAGAGAAAGCAAUAUCUCUUUCCAAGGGAAUAAUGUUACCUUUAAUGCUACUGCAGCAGAUGGUCAUAUUUCUGCACUUUAUACUGAGGUUAACUAUAAUGGAAUGAUAGAUUACGACAUAAAAAAUUCACAGAAGAAGGGCAUCAUCGUUGGCGAAGAACCGACAUGUUCUUACACACAGCGAAGUCAGAGUUAUGGUAACUUGUUUCCUCAACAUGAAUAUGAACGUCCAUAUCACACAUUGAAAGACAACCGUUCCUCUUCAAAACACGAGUAUUGCUGGACUGCGAUGUGAAAAGAUACGAGAAUACCAUAACACUAUAUUGCACAUAUUAUGUCUUUGAAUGAAAAUUUUACAUGGUUACUGUAGUUUGAUUUGCUUUUACUUCUACUCUACAUCAGGUCAAGUAUUAUACAAAAAUAUAUAUGACUUUUUAUAAACAUAUGUACUUAAUUUGAAUAUUCAUUGUAAGUGGACACUUGAGAUUCACAAGAUAUUUUAUAAAUGAAUCAAAGUGUUAAACACUUGAUCACUCUGUCUGUCCUUUAACAAGUAGCGUAGAAAAGUGAACUUACUUUUCAAAUUAUAAUAAUUGAUAUCAAGUAUUAAAUGUAUAAUGUUAUUUGUAAAUUAUCUCUCAUGUUUACCUUAAGAAUGUUUGUAUGACUUAGUAGACGGCAUACUUGCUGAUUUGUGACCUGUAAUUGUUCCCAUCUUAGUUCUUAGUUCUUUUUGUAUUAUGGAUAGUUGUUUCUUUGGCAGUUACUCCACACAUACUUUUUUUUUAAUGAAACAACAAUACACAAAAUCUAAAGUUAACAUUUUUUUGUAAAACAUUUGCUUGCCUCGGAUUGAUGUUUCUUUAAUGUAUACCCCACAUUUCCCUUUGUUCAAAUCAUGUUAUAUUUGACAAUUUAAUUGUAAAACCUAUGCAAAUGUCUUAACAUAAACACUUUAUAGCAUGAUGACAAAGAUUCCUUAAUAAUACAUGAUUUGGUCACAAAGUUAAACUUAAGCUAAUUAUAAUAACCGAUGAAGGUAGUUUUAGUAGUUAACUAUUCAUUGUUAUAAUUUACUUCGAUGUAAUUUUUUUUUCUUUUGUGCUAUUUGAUUUUAGCAACCGCCUUGUACACACAAACGUGAAUGGCUGCAGUUGAUACACAUUCUUAAUCACCCUCAUCAUGAACUUUUAGAGCCUGAAUUUAAAGACCGAAUUAUAUAAGGAAUUAUUUCACUUGAGAUAGCCUUAAAGGGAAGAUCCAAACAAUUACUAGUAUAACAUGAAUUGCGUUUGAGGAAAUACAAUGUAUUAUUUAAUGUAAAGUCUGAACAAGGUUUGUCUUACUUUUUUAAUCGUGACGUAUAUGUACAAAGUGUAUUAUGUAGUUAAACCAAAGUUACUAACUCUACUAGUAUUUGUUUUUUUAAUGGUUAUCAUCUCUACUGAACAGAAAUAUUAUUUUGUAUUAAAAUGUGUACAUUAUUUUUGUAAUAAACAUGAUAAAAAAAUUGACUGAUGCAUUUUA